UUGGAGCUGGAGUGAGACAAAGCCAGGCCGGCAGGCGCCAUGGAGCUGCAGCCCCGCGUUCUGCUCUGGGAGCUGGUGCUCCUGCAGAGCUCUGCUGUCCUUCUGUCCUCAGGGCCAUCUGGGUCCUCGACGGCAGGCAGCUCCGUGGUGUCGGAGUCCGAAGUGACCUGGGCGGCUGGUGCCCGGGCUGUGCUACGCUGCCAGAGCCCUCGCAUGGUGUGGACCCAAGACCGGCUGCACGACCGCCAGCGCGUGGUCCACUGGGACAUCAGCGGCCGCCGCAGCGGCGGCCCCGCGCGCCGGCUCGUGGACAUGUACUCGGCCGGCGAGCAACGAGUGUAUGAGCCGCGCGACCGCGGCCGCCUCCUGCUGCCGCCCUCUGCCUUCCACGAGGGCAACUUCUCCCUGCUCAUCCGCGCGGUGGAGGAAACAGACGCGGGGCUGUACACCUGUAAUCUGCACCACCAUUACUGCCCCCUCUACGAGAGCCUGGCCAUCCGCCUCGAGGUCACUGACAACCGACACCGCACCCACAUGGCCCCCGCAGACCCUACUCUGGCGCGCGGCCGCAGCGUCAUCAACGUCAUCGUCCCCGAGGGCCGGGCCCACUUCUUCCAGCAGCUGGGCUACGUGCUGGCCACUCUGCUGCUCUUCAUCCUGCUGCUCAUCACCGUCGUCCUGGCCACGCGUCAGCGCCGACGCGGAGGCUACGAAUACUCGGACAAGAAAUCGUGGAAGUCAAAAGGGAAGGACGUGAACGUGGCAGAGUUUGCUGUGGUCACAGGGGACCAAGCUUUUUACAGGAGUGAAGACAUCCAAUUAGAUUACAAAAACAACAUCCUGAAGGAGAGGGCCGGGCUGGCUCACAGCUCUCCGCCCGCCAAGAGCGUUGACUUGGACAAAGGGGCAGAGGGCAGCCACCACCUGUCCCCUGGCUUCCAGACUUCAGGAAGGAGUACUGCAAAUAAGGUGACCUGGGCUCCUGGCUGGCCAGCAGCUCCGUUGACUUGUCCCCGUCUGUCUUGGAGCACGCCUUCCUGACUGGCCCCCCUUCCGGCGGCUGGUCCCGUCGUCCUGGAGCUUGGCCUGGACUGGCGCACCGUGAGGCUACCUCCAGACCCCUCCUCCUCCAGGCAGCAGUGGGCUCCUGGGACCCUGCCCGCGCUGUGGCUGUACCCCCUCAGCAGCUCUUUGCAGGCACUCACUGCGGGUCAUGCCCUGUGGGGGGAGUCUUGCCUGUGCAGGGGUGCCAGGAAGACCCCCUUGGAGCUGAGGUCAGCCUCAGAGGCAGCACUCGGCCCCCUUCACCCCUUCCUGGGGGGAGCUGCCUGCUGGUCCACGACUGCAGGGCUGUCCUUCCCCAGCCGGGCUGCCACGGGCCCUGCACGGGAACUGAGGGCUGCACACCCCAGGCCCUGGGUCAGUGCCCCUCUGUGCCCUGGCCUGCCACCUGGAGCCUUGUCCCUGCUUCUCAGCCUGCCCCAGCUUCUUCCCAACAAACUGCAUUGACAGUCACUGGGCUCCAUGUGACUUUUGGCUCCUCCCUGGGCUGGAGUCUGGGGCUGCGGCAUCAUUUGGCUUCUGUUUUGUCUGAGGACAGGGGAGCGCUGAAAAUGGUUCCAGGGUGGCCCAUAUGGCCACUCCCGACACCCCACAUUUGCUCCUCCUGGUCAGUUGCUGCCAACACAAUAAAGACCAUAUCUGAUUUUUAGA